AUGACGAAAAUUGCGCUUCUCGGCGCUGCCGGCCAAAUUGGCACCCCUCUCAGUCUUCUGUGUAAAGCAAGCGAUCUUUUCGACGAGAUCUGUCUAUAUGAUCUUGUCCACGCGCCAGGCAUUGCUACCGACCUGAUGCACAUUAACACCAAGGCCAAGGUCUAUGGCUAUCUGCCGGAUGAGUCCGGCCUCAAGAAGGCUCUCAGUGGUGCAGACAUAGUUGUUGUAACAGCUGGUAUUGCCCGAAAGCCGGGUAUGACGAGGGACGAUUUAUUCAAGACCAACGCCAGCAUCAUCCGAGACAUCUUCACUGAGGUCGCUGUAACAUGUCCCCAUGCGACGUGCUGUGUCGUUACUAAUCCUGUUAACUCAACAAUUCCCGUUGCAGCUGAGGCGCUGAAGAAAGCUGGUGUUUUUGAGCCUACCCGUCUCUUUGGUGUUACGACCUUGGACGUUGUGCGUGCCUCUACCUUCGCUGCACAUGCCUUGGGAGGAAAUGCCGAUCCCAAGGACUUCAAGGUCCCAGUCAUUGGAGGCCACAGUGGAGCCACCAUCUUGCCUCUUUAUAGCCAGGCUCAGCCGCCGGUCAAUCUAGACGACCAAACUAUGUCAGCCGUUAUCAAUCGCGUACAGUUCGGUGGUGAUGAAAUCGUCAAAAGUAAGCAGGGUGCUGGCAGUGCCACGACAUGUAUGGCAUAUGCCGGUUUCCGCUUCAUCAAAGCCAUCCUGGAAGCGAAGAAUGGCAAUUCUGUGACGGAGGAGGCCUACGUCUACCUACCAGGUAUUCCAGGAGGAAAGGAGAUUGCUACUGAGCUUGGUGUCGACUUCUUCGCUGUCAAGAUCCAACUUGGGCAGACGGGAGCAGCCAAAGCGUUGCCUAUCGGCAAAAUAUCUGAGGAUGAGACCAAGCUUCUCCAGAUUGCUAUUAAGGACCUGAAGACAAAUAUCGCUACGGGCCUGUCCUUUAUGUCGGCAUGA